AUGGACCCGCCGCCGCAGCGGGGCCGCUCGCGCUACGGCGGCGGCGGCUCGGGGCAGCAGCCGCAGCAGCAGUUCCCGUUCGUCGUUGACCCCACGGAGGCGCCGGGGGCGGCGGCAGUGAGGGCGUUCUUCCCGGCGCCCGGCGGGGAGCCGCCGUCGUCGUCCGGGGACCGCGCGCCGGUGCAGCAGCAGCAGCGGUACGGCCACGGGGAGAUCUCGCUGGGGCACGGGCACGGGCAAGGGAUGCACCAUCGCUACCACCAGUUCGGCGUGGAGGGGAAGCGGGACGGCGGCCCGCCGGCGGCGCCGCUGCCGCGGCACAGCAGCUCGCCGCCGGAGUUCUUCUCCAGCCCUGUCGUGGAUAACGGUUUUCCAAAUGCAAGAGCUGGAGUUGGUGUUGGUGGUGAGGUUCACCAUGCAAUGAGUAGCUAUCACAAGAAGAUGAAGGCCCCGAUGAACCUAGCCGGACAAGGAACCCUCUCUCAUAUCUCAGAGGAUGGAAUCCCGGAUCUCACCAGUAAUGUGCAUGGUAUUGGCCACUCUGAAGAGAACAUCACGGCCAACGGUGUCGCACGCUCCUUCUCUAGCGGGUUCUCAAUUGGACCGUGGGAGGAUUCAAAUUCUAUCGUGUUCUCCAACCCGGCAAGCAAAGCAGGAAUACACAACAAUGAUGACAUCAUAGCCAGCCUUAGUAAUUAUGAAUUGCAGUUUGGUGUGACCAAGGAGGCGGCGGGCAUGGAUAAAUACCUGCAGAUGCAGCAAGAUCAGGUCCCGUUCAGAGUACGAGCCAAGCGCGGAUGUGCCACGCACCCAAGGAGCAUCGCAGAGCGGGAGAGAAGAACGAGGAUCAGCGAGAAGCUCAGGAAGUUGCAGGCGCUUGUGCCUAACAUGGACAAGCAAACGAGUACGGCGGACAUGCUGGACUUAGCAGUCGAUCACAUCAGAGGACUCCAGAGCGAGCUGCAGGCUCUCAAGGAAGACCAGGAGAAGUGUACCUGCCGCCGCAAUCAUCCAUCAGGGAGAUAACACAUGCUAAAAUGGGUUCUCGAUCGACCCUAUGGUAUGCACGACGGCAUUGUUGCACAUUGUUGGGCAGCAUGAAAAUUAAGGUGUCUGCUGGCAUGUAUACCUCACCACAAGAGAGCUGCCAAAGUUCAUCUAUCGUCCAAGCAAGGUCAAACCGUGAUCAGCAGAUCGGGCGAGAUCCUUCGCAUUCAUUCGAUCUAGUGUUUAGCUUCAAGCUAGAAGAUGUAGUAGCUGUUGUGUUGUUUCAUAUGGAUGAGAAGAAGCGUUUUUUUCCCAAGCAGGAGUAGGAGGAGGUUUUUGAUAUUGCAAGAUGACUUAGGCUACUCUAAGUUGUACGGAGCUACUACAUUUCAAGAAUAUUCAUUGCAAGUUCGUGCUA